CAUUAAUAAAUACUCAAUUCUAUCUUGAAAUAAUAAAAAAAGGAACAAAGCAGCUGUAGUUGCCCUGCCACGGAAGGAUAAAUAAGUUUCAUUCAUUCAAUCAAAAUUUGAUAAUGAAUCGUGGAGUUGGAAGAAAUCUUGACAUUGCUAAGCAAACUCGUUCAAGAAGCGUUUCUCCCAAUCCAGGUCAUGGGGAAUCAAAACAGAAAGCGAAUUUAAACAAUAACCAUUCCACAAAACCCCUUAUAUCAACUGGUGAACCACUUAAAAGGAUUAAAAGAAAUGAAACAAAAUCCGCUACUGUGAAACACCCAGCUUCAAUUGCAAAUAAAGGAAUGAAAGAACCAACUACUAUCAUCAGGAAAUCAAAACAAAUCCUCUACAAAGCACCCACCAAACUAUUACUUGUAUCCAACAAAUGCAAAUAUGCAGCAGCGCUGGAGAAAUCUGUCCUACCAGAUGUAGUUGCCAUCUUAUACCAUUAUGACAGCAAUAACUUUGAUUCUUUACUUGCUCUUAUUUGUGCAUCGUUGCCUCCUGGACAAAAGGUAAAUUCUGUUGCUUUUUUGAUGACCAGUAAACCAAGUGGAAUGUUAAUGGUUCCGUUGAAUAAUGGGCAAGGGAAUAUGGGGCCUACAAGCAAACUGACGUCAAAGUUAUGGCCAGGGAAAUUCUUUAAGGCUUUAUUUGAAAGAUUUGUGAAUGUGAAUGCAAAGAAUUGUCGGCUGGAUCUUGUAGCAGUUGGAAAUCAAAACCAAACCUUCAUUCCCCAACUUGAACAAAUAAUUG